AUGCCUGUGCCCACGGAGGGCACCCCACCAACCCUGAGCGGCACCCCCACCCCAGUCCCAGCCUACUUCCGCCACGCAGAGCCCGGCUUUUCCCUCAAGAGGCCCAGGGGGCUCAGUCAGAGCCUUCCGCCCCGGCCCCCUGCCAAGGGCAGCAUCCCCAUCAGUCGCCUCUUCCCUCGGACCCCAGGCUGGCACCAGCCCCAACCCCGGAAAGUGUCAUUCAAAGGCAAAGACUCUGGGACCCUGCAGAGCCCCAGUUACGACCCAAGCCGGCCAGAGUCCUUCUUCCAACAGAAUUUCCAGAGGCUUGGCCGCCUGGGCCGUGGCUCUUAUGGAGAGGUCUUCAAGGUGCGCUCCAAGGAAGACGGCCAGCUCUAUGCCGUAAAGCGUUCCAUGUCCCCCUUCCGGGGCCCCAAGGACCGGGCCCGAAAGCUGGCGGAGGUCCGUGGCCACGAGAAGGUGGGGCAGCACCCAUGCUGCGUGCGGCUGGAGCGAGCCUGGGAGGAGGGCGGCAUCCUGUACCUGCAGACAGAGCUGUGUGGGCCCAGCCUGCAGCAGCACUGCGAGGCCUGGGGCACCGGCCUGCCUGAGGCCCAGGUCUGGGGCUACCUGCGGGACACCCUCCUCGCUCUGGCCCACCUGCACGGCCAGGGCAUGGUCCACCUUGACAUCAAGCCUGCCAACAUCUUCCUGGGGCCCCGGGGCCGCUGCAAAGUGGGUGACUUUGGGCUGCUGGUGGAGCUGGAUGGAUCUGGAGCUGGUGAGGCCCAGGAGGGAGACCCCCGCUACAUGGCCCCCGAGCUGCUGCAGGGCUCCUAUGGGACAGCAGCCGAUGUGUUCAGUCUGGGUCUCACCAUCCUGGAAGUGGCAUGCAACAUGGAGCUGCCCCAUGGCGGAGAGGGCUGGCAGCAGCUGCGCCAGGGCUAUCUGCCCCCUGAGUUCACUGCCAGCCUGUCUUCUGAGCUGCGGUCUGUGCUCAUCAUGAUGCUGGAGCCUGAUCCGGAGCGGCGGGCCACAGCCGAGGCCCUGCUGGCCCUGCCUCUGCUCAGACAGCCACAGCCCUGCAGUGUCCUGAGGUACAUGGCUGCUGAAGCCCUGAGUCGAGGGUGGGCCCUUUGGCAGGCCCUGCUUGCCCUGCUGUGCUGGCUCUGGCAUGGGCUGGCUCACCCUGCCAGCUGGCUACGGCCCCUGAGGCCUCCAGCCACCCCGCCUGGCUCGCCGCCCUGCAGCUUCCUCCUGGACAGCAGCCACUCCAGCAACUGGGAUGACGACAGCAUCGGACCCUCGUUCUCCCCAGAGGCCAUUCUGGCCAGGGCUGCCAGGAGCACCUCCUCCACACCCCAGCGCAGGCAGACACUGAGGGAUGACCUGGACCUCAGUGACAUUGACUCAGAGUCUCCUCAUGGCUCCUUCUCCUCCUUUGAGCCUCGGAACCUCCUCAGCCUGUUUGAGGACUCACUGGGCCCAACCUGA